UAAGAGAGAGCCGUGUGUGUGUGUCUGUGUAUAGCGUCCUAAAAGCUAAGGUGUGCGUCGCCACCGCCACCGCCGUACCAGUUCCCCGCGGUUAUACCUUCUUUAUUGUACAUCUAGUGUAGUAGUAUAGUACUUUACCGGGCACCGAUUGUCCCCCCGCGUCAGUCCGACGCGCGACUCCAUUACAAUUGGAUUCUCUCUCUCGAGGAUCUCUGCUGACCCGAAACUGAGUGCAGAGAUUUAUAAUUUAGGCUGCGAAACUCUGUUCCAUUAUUUAUCGCGAGUGAUUAUUAUAAUUUGUGUGAUUUUACCUCCGUAUAAAAUGCGGACGUUCUUCGCCGGCGUCGAGUCGUCGGGCGCUUUCCGCGCGCUGCUCCUGUUCCUGCUGCUGAUCGUUUCGUCGAGCCGAGCCCAGGAGAAUGCCAAGAAGAUCCUGUCGCCGAAUCUCGUCGACUGCUACGAGAAUCCGGAUCUGGCCAAGUGGAAUCUGCUGCCGCACGACCUCAACCAUCUCGUCUCCAUCAUUCGCAAGAUCGAGAACGCGCCGGGAUUCGGCCUGAGCGUGCGCGACUUUGCCGGAGCUCUGCUGCAUCGAUUCCGCCAGGACGGCAUCGUGAAGAGCCCGACGAUCCACUCGCAGUCGGGCGUGCUGCCGUACGCCCCCAUGGGCAUGCACUUCCGGCGCCACGCCAAGACGCUGCAGGUCAUCCCGGGCACGGCGGCCCCCCAGCUCGAUCUCAACAGCAUCACUCCCCUCGAGCGGUGCUCGUUGCACGCCAUGAUCUCGAGCAGCAUCGACAAGUACGUGCGCCAAGACGAGUCGCGCGACUGCCAACGACCAAGCAAUAGCUAUCAGUCGUCCUACCAGUCGUCGUACCAGUCGAGGCCCUACAACUCGCGCCGCUACAGACGCGGCCUGUCCAAGAGCAGCGACGUCGAGACCCUCAGCGCCGACCAGAUAAGAGCCCUCAAGGCUAAGAACGAGAGCGUCGACCCGGACUCGCAGUACCCGGAGCUGCCGCCCAACCAUCCGCUCACGAGGAACGGCCGCUACGCCCAGAACGAGCCGCCGCUGAGCAACUGCCCGAUCGAGAACGGCGUCGUCAAAACACCAUGGGGAUCGGUAGCCGGUGGACCUCUGCUGGCCGGCAUAGCCGCUGGUCUGCAGCCCCAGACCGUGGCCGUGUCCACGCUGCUGCGCGCCCGCGUGGGCGGCGGCUUCGACGACUCCUCCAACUCCAACCCGAUGAUCACGAGCUACUCGACCGAGUCGCCCAUCGAGAAUCGCUACCUGGCCACCCUUGCGGGCGACCUCGCGGAGGUCGCCCUCAUGCAGGGACCACGUCUGCCCAGCAUGCCCCAGGGCUAUCGCAUCGGCACCGAGGGCCACUGGAACUCCACCGACUCGCCGCGCUUCUACUUCCUCGAGGCCAACGAGGACCUGCAGAUGACCGCCGCUGAGAUACGCGGCGACCUCGACGGCCUCGCCAUCGCCGAGACGGUGCUCCAGCAGCACAAUCGCUACCCGGGCCUGAGGCUGUCGCAGAUCCUCGAGAUGUACUACAGCGAUCGGGGCUUCUUCGAGGAGAAGGUGCGCGCCUGCAAUCGCAACCAGCUGGCCCAGCAACUCGUAAUGGCCAACACGGACAAGCUCGUGCAGCAGGCCUACAGCGCGGCCGUCGUGCUGAGCCCCGAGCUCGCCACCGCCUUCAUCACCGACGAGAAGAUACAGGAGCUCGUCCGCCAGGCCGUCAAGGAUCUGCAGACUUUUAUACCGAAAAUGUCGCCGAACGCGUGCGAGAACAGCGGACAAAAUACUGGCCGAUCGUCGAACCUCGAGACGGCCGUCGACGUGACCGUCGUCGUCGACUCGUCCUGGCCCUACGAUCAACUGUACUCGAUCUUGUCGCAACUGCUCGGUAAGCUCGACAUCAGCCCGUUCAGCGGCAACUUCAGCAUCGUCAACGGCGCCGACGGCAAAAUCCUCGUCCAGACCAGCAACGUCAUCACCGACCUGCAGAACUUCAACAGGACCGUCUACGAUCAAAUGACGAACCGCGGCUUCGACGUGUCGACGGCCCUGCGCAGUCUGCGCAGCAUCCAGAACGACAAGCUGAACGAGGAGAGGCGGGUGGGUCGCGCGGGCGGCCAGUCCGACAUUGCCCUGUUCCUGACCUACGAGACGCGCCCCUCGCAGCAGGACAAGGACUACCAGAUGAAGGUGCUGAAGGAGAUGCACGAGCGUGCCCCGGACGCCGUGGCGCUGUUCCUCACCGCCGGCGCCAAGAGCCGCUGGGAAGACUACGUGCUCGACAAGGGCGACGACCUCUUCCAGGUGCCCUCGUUCUCCAGCUCCAACGAGCAGUACCAGCUUGACGGCCUGGUGGCUCGGAUCAAGCGGGUGCCCCGUCGACUGAUCAACACCCGCUGCGGCGCCGACUACGACGAGACGGCCAGCAACGGCCAGUCGAAGGAGCUCAAGGCCCACGUGGGUCCCAACGGCCAGCACGUCUAUCGCAUGCACCCGAACUACUUCAAGUCGGACGACGCCAACAAUCCGCCGGCCAUCAUCGUGAAGAACGGCGACGCCUCGGUGCCGCUGGAGAUCUGCUCGGCGCGCAGCCUCGAGGUCCUCAAUCAGACCCAGGCCAGCAGCAGCGGCGGCGACAGGCCCGACUGCGCGACCAACACCCACGUGGUCAAGAUGAGCUGCGACGGCGCCUACUAUCUGCACGAGUGCCGGCCCUACUACGUGUCGGUCAGGCCCAAGCUGGCCGGCGGCUCGGCCAACAGGAACGCCCUCUGCACGAGACCGGAUCAGUGCCGAUACCCCGACGACUUGGCCUACACCGUGCAAUUCGAGUACCUCGUCUGCAAGAGCUCGGCCGGCAAGGCUCUGCUGCUCAGUCCACUGCUGCUCCUGCUUCUGCUGGCUCGGAUAUUCUGAUGAGGGAGGAAAAUUAAGUUCAUUGACACGAUUCAGCCCACUGCCAACGACUCGAGUUGCCCGUCCACGAUGCCGAUCGUGCACCGACGGCUCGAAACUCGACAGUAUAUGUAAUUGUAAUAAUCCUGCAGUCGAUCAGUCAUUACGUUUAUUAUACCGUUUUUUCCCUUCUUUUUUUAUGUAUUUAUAUUACGUAGUUGUGUCGAAGCGCUUUUUAUUUUAUACGAUAAGAAAUUAAUUUACCGUUAUCGAUAAUUGUAACUCGAUACAAAUAAUUGUAUAUGGAGAAGCAGAAAAUUGCUGAAAAAAAAAACUAAAAAAAAUUACUCUGUACUAGGCGUUGCAUUGUUUAUUAAUUUUACGAUUGAGAAUUAAAUUUAGCUCUCUAUCGACAAUGUGGAGAGUUAAAAUUUAACUUUCAAUUGAAUAAUUUCAAUUGAUUGGAGUGAAUUUUUAGUUAAUUAAAUGCAUCUCUACUCCUUACCAUAAUUAAGACACACGUUGUACAAAUCUUACACUUUUGAAACAAUGACAUUUUUUGUUAAUACAUUAAUUAAAAUUCACAAUGUAGACUCUACUCGAUUAUUUUCAACUAUUACACU